CGGCCCCGGCGGAGAGCGGGACGCGGGGACAGCGGGGACACACGGCCCGCCGGGACACACGGCCCGCCGCCAUGGAGCACGGCCAGCGGCAGGAGGACGAGGAGCAGGAGCAGCGGCCUCAGGUUCUACAUUCAAAACUCUUUCUGCUAAGCACCCCUGUCUGUGAGACUUUCUUGUCACACUCUCACCCUUCCUCACGAUGACGGUGAUGACGGAGCAGUGUUUCCUCCCCCAGGAGCCGUGGUUCUGGCUGGCAGCAGAGCUGGGGAGCAGCUGCUCCUGGGACACCAAGCUGGGCCUGAGCUGUGCCAGGAGGGACCUGUCGGAGCUGCCCACGCUGGAGGAAGGGCUGCUGUCCUCAGCAGAAGCUUCUGGAGCUCCAGCCCCGGCCUCGCCCCUGGAUGUCCAGGAGAGCAGAUUCUCCCCCUGCCUGCCCCUGCUGCUGAGCCCAGGCCUGGCUGAGACGUUCCUGCAGGGAUCCCAGCUGGAUUUCCUUCCCCUGAGAGGAGUCCCGGAUGUUUCUGGAGCAUCCCUGGAGCAUCCAGAGCCUCCCCAGGUCCAUGGCAGCGCAUCCCUGAGGGGCCCAGCCCUUCCCAGUCCAUCCCAGCCCGAGGGACAGGCGGAUCCUGGAGCUGCUCCCCGCGCUGGGCAGCCCCUGGGCAGCCAGGGGGACAGCGGGGACAGUGACAGUGGCACUGAGCAGGAGGCAGCAGCCCCCCGGGGCAGGGGGGAUCCGGCACACCCAGCUCCAGAGGAGGGGCUGGCAAAGGGGCUGGAGCAGCCCUGGAGCACAGCUGGGAAGGAUGGACACGGCUCUGGACACUCCUGUGGUCACUCCUCCCAGGACAGUGAUGGCCCAGCUGCUGGCUCUGAGCUGUCAGAGGGGAGCAAGGAGUCCCCAGGGCAGGAGGAAUCCUCCUCCUCCUCCUCCUCCUACACAACUGCACUGACCAAAUUCUCGGAGAAAAGUGAAAGGGGUGUGCAGCAGGAGAAGGUGAAGGUGCUGGGGAGUGCAGCAGCAGCCCUGGAGAAGCUGGAGAAGGGAAAGAAGGUGCCUGAGCUUGGCUGGUCGGAUAACUUCUCUGAUGGCCUGAGGAGAGGCCGUGCCAAAACCUCGGGUGCUCAAGAUGUUCUUUGUGCAGCAGCUUCUGAGGCAGGCAGGGGAAGGCUGCAGGAGCCUGGGGUGCAGCCCAGGGCCUCCCAGGGGCUCCCAGCUGCUCCUGAGGAUCUGCAGGGAGCUCUGCUGGAGCCCCAGCAGCCAGCAGGGAAGCUGGGGACAGAGGGGCUGCUCCCUGCUGGGACACCCAGCCAGCCCCAGGACACUGCCCCGUGCCCUGGGCAUUCCCCAGAGCCUGCAGGGAGCAGGGAUGAGCUGACUGGCUCUGACUGCUCCAUAGAGAGGGGACACAAAGCCACAGAGAUCUCCCCUUCCUUCAGCCUGGGGGGUGAGGGCUCCUUCUCCCUGCACCUGGCUCAUCCCAACUUCCAGUCCACUCCAGGGGUGCUCCUCAAGAGAGCUGGGAAGGCAGAAGGACCUGCUGGAGUCCUGGCGAUCCCUUCGGACCUUCAAGGCUCUCCUUCCUGUCCCAGUGAAGAAGCCCCAGGGAAGUCCCCUGUCCCUGGAUCCCCCGGGGAGCAGCACCCUCCCCAGAGUGCUGUGGAAGAGACCUGUGGGCGUUUGGAGUCCUUGAGGCUGGAGUCCCCCUGCCCUGGCAGGGUGCAGUCCUUCCCCUCCCUGGGGCUCCAGGAGAAGGGAGAAUCCCCCUGCCCUGGCAGGGUGCAGUCCUUCCCCUCCCUGGGGCUCCAGGAGAAGGGAGAAUCCCCCUGCCCUGGCAGGAUGCAGUCCUUCCCCUCCGUGGGGCUCCAGGAGAAGGGAGAAUCCCCCUGCCCUGGCAGGAUGCAGUCCCUCCCCUCCCUGGUGCUCCUGGAGCAGCUGGAGUCCCCCUGCCCUGGCAGGGUGCAGUCCUUAUCCUCCCUGGGGCUCCAGGAGAAGGGAGAAUCCCCCUGCCCUGGCAGGGUGCAGUCCCACCCCUCGCUGGGGUUCCUGGAGAAGUGAGAAUCCCCCUGCCCUGGCAGGGUGCAGUCCCUCCCCUCCCUGGGGCUCCAGGAGAAGGUGGGAGCCUGGGACGUGGGCCAGCCUCUGCAGGGUCCUGCUGCCACCAGCUCCCGUGUGCCAGGCGGAUCUCCUCCUGCAAGGACAGCCUGCAGUGCACCUCCCAGGGCUCCAGGCUGUGUUUCAUCGGCCCAGAAAAGCCCUGGGGACCCCGAGGGCCGUGCUGCCCCUGCUCUGAGCAGCACCAUGGGCGAUCCCAGCAGCAGCAGCAGAGCCCUGCCUGCAGUGAGCCCAGCAGCAGAGGGCACGGGGGAGCCCCCGGGGCAGGGGAGCCCUGCUCUGGGGGCCUCUGACAGCUCCACCCCACCGAGGGUGCUGCCUGCUCCUCGUGCUGAAGAUGUGCCCGGCGCCACGAGGCGAAGCUCGGCCCCGGACGUGUUUGUGUGCAGGGCUGCUCAGCUCCAGAAGGACGGGAGCUCCCCGGCUGAGGAGCACCAGGAGUGUGAGGAGAAGGGAAAUCAGCCCCUCAGCCUCAGUAUUCCCACUGGUCACGACGCCAUGGACAGCUUUGGAGCCGUUUCCUUGGAGACUCUGAAUUUUCCUGAUGGUCCUGGGGAGCCUCAGGGGGCCCUGGUGGUGCCCAGGCCCAGUGCAGGAGGGGACAGCCCCGUCCCCCCUGGAGCAGCCCUGGAGACUCCCAAGAAGGAAGAGCUGAAUAUUGAAGAAAG